CUCGUCAAUACGGUAGCUUGUACUGUAGAAGCAAUAUAACUAUUGAUGGCAACAAGAGGCUAAAAUAGUGUCUUUAAACUCAAAUUGCGUACAAAAACAAACCAUUUUGAAGUAUUUGUGACAGAUUUUAACAAUAAUGUCAGAACAGGUCAUCUGAAAAGUGCAUCGAUCGACUUUAGCCCAGUGUAUCCUCUUUGGUUAAAAAUAGUCUCUCGCCAAAUUUGACGGUGGUUGUUUGAAAAGGAAUGGAUUUGAUUGGACGGAGCCUUGAACUGACUUGCUAACAUUUUCAGCUGUCAACCACAGUUAAAGUUUAAGGGUGAGAUUCGUAGACCUAGUAUAAUGGCAGAGGCUGUGGCCAAUGUUGCCCGGAGGGUCAAUGCAACCGUGGAGGAAGAGAAAGAUACUCUGGAUCUGUCAAACUGCAAACUGAUCAGUUUCCCAGACGGCGUAUUCAGGGUCCUCAACAGCGUUGCAGAGAAGAUACACAUCGUCACGUUGGCUGACAAUGAGAUGAAGGGAGUUACAAGCAAAUUUUUCAAAACCUUCACUCAAUUGAGAGAACUGGACUUGCACGGCAAUGUGAUCACUAAACUGCCAGAUGUAGUUGGGGAGCUGGAACAUCUGACCAGCAUCAACUUGGCCAACAACAAGUUGUCUGUCUUCCCCGAGAGACUGACGCAGAUCCAGUCUCUGGAAAGAAUCAACCUGGAAGGGAAUGACAUCACUGACGUCCCCAUGGAAGAGUUGCAGGCCAUGUCAGCUCUGAAGUGUGUCAACCUGAAGUCAAACCCUUUGGACAACAACUUGUUAACUGCCAUUCAACAAUUCCCUCAAACCUUUGAAAUUCAAACUACAACAGACAACUAAGAGCUUGUCUUCUUCUAAGAUGGACAGUUUAUCCCCACC